CCCCGGCAUCCCCGCCCGCGGCCCCGCUGAUCCCGGGGCCUGCGCCCCCCGCGGCCGGGAUGCAUCAUGGCCACGCUGGCUUGCCGGGUGCAGUUUUUGGACGACACCGACCCUUUCAACAGCACCAACUUCCCAGAACCAAGCCGGCCGCCGCUGUUUGCUUUCCGCGAGGACCUCGCGCUGGGCACCCAGCUGGCCGGGGUCCACCGGCUGCUGCGGGCGCCGCACAAGCUGGACGACUGCACGCUGCAGCUCUCCCACAAUGGCACCUACCUAGACUUGGAAGCCACCCUGGCAGAGCAGCGGGACGAAUUAGAAGGCUUCCAGGAUGAUGCUGGGCGGGGCAAGAAGCACAGUAUCAUUUUGAGGACACAGCUGUCUGUGAGGGUCCACGCCUGCAUCGAAAAGCUGUACAACUCGAGUGGACGAGACUUAAGAAGAGCCCUUUUCUCCCUGAAGCAGAUAUUUCAGGAUGACAAGGAUUUGGUGCAUGAAUUUGUCGUGGCUGAAGGUCUGACAUGUUUGAUCAAGGUGGGAGCUGAAGCAGAUCAAAACUAUCAGAACUACAUUCUGAGGGCAUUGGGCCAGAUCAUGUUGUAUGUGGAUGGGAUGAACGGAGUAAUAAACCACAAUGAAACUAUUCAGUGGCUCUACACUCUCAUUGGGUCAAAGUUCCGCCUGGUGGUGAAGACAGCCCUGAAGCUGCUGCUUGUGUUUGUGGAGUACUCAGAGUCAAAUGCCCCUCUCCUAAUUCAGGCUGUGUCUGCUGUUGACACAAAAAGAGGAGUCAAGCCCUGGUCAAAUAUCAUGGAAAUCCUGGAGGAAAAAGAUGGGGUUGACACGGAGCUGCUGGUUUAUGCAAUGACUUUAGUGAAUAAGACAUUGUCAGGAUUGCCAGACCAGGACACCUUCUACGACGUGGUGGACUGCCUGGAGGAGCUGGGCAUCGCAGCCGUGUCCCAGAGGCACUUGAACAAGAGAGGGACUGACCUGGAUUUAGUGGAGCAGUUGAACAUUUAUGAGAUGGCGCUGAGGCUGGAGGAUGGUGAUGAAACAGCAGAGCCGCCCCCCAGCGGGCGCCGGGACCGGCGGCGGGCAAGCGUGUGUUCUGGUGGAGUGGGCGAGCACCGGGGCCUGGACCGCAGGCGGAGCCGCAGGCACUCGGUACAGAGCAUCAAGAGUCCUCUGUCGGCUCCCACCAGCCCUUGCUCCCAGACGGCUCCAGGCUGCAAGACCAGUCAAGUGCGAGAUCUCUGCGAAAAGCCUCAGGAGGAGGAGGAGGAGGAGGAAGAAGAAGAGGAGCAGCCAGUCACGGAGCCCAAUUCAGAGGAAGAGAGAGAGGACGAUGCCUCUGCCGCAAGUCAGGGCAAGGACAGCCAGGUCAGCCCUGCCCCAGAACAGAACCCCACAGGGAAGGAUGCUGCUCCCCAGAGUUCAGCCCUGUCCACUGCCUCCAGCACCACCUUGCAGGGAAAGCAGCUGCCGGCCAGCACAGCAGUGGGGAUCCCCUUAUGCUGUGGGUCCUCUGGGCCUGUCCUGCUGUCACCCCCACCCCCUGCCUCAGCCUCUCGGCCCUCCUCCACUGCACCUGCCCCCCCGAAGGCGUCACCUACCAUAGAGAAACUGCCCUACGUGCCCCAUACCCCCUUCCACCUUUUCUCCUAUGACUUUGAGGAUUCGCCCAUAUCCACCAAGGAAAAGGAAGCCGAGUCCCAGAAGGAAAACAGUUCCUCUGACUCUGUCCAUUUGAGUGUAUAUUCGGCCUCUGAGCCUUACAACUUCCGGUCUUUCUCUUCUAAUAGAUAUAGCAAUUUUGGCAACAAUUCCUAUCAUUCAAGACCUUCAUCUGGAUCAGCUGUGCCCUCUGCCCCCACAUCGUCUCUUUCACCCCCUCAGGAGGCCAGACUGGAAAGGUCAUCACUGAGUGGUCUCCUCACGUCGUCCUUUAAGCAGCACCAAGAAUCUCUGGCAGCAGAGAGAGAGAGGCGGCGACUGGAGAGGGAAGAGAGGUUGCAGAGAAUAGAGCGGGAAGAAAGAAACAAAUUCAACCGGGAGUAUUUAGACAAAAGAGAGGAGCAAAGACAAGCAAGAGAAGAAAGAUACAAAUACUUGGAGCAGUUGGCAGCUGAGGCUCAUGAGAAGGAACUGAGAAGCCGGAGUGUGAGCCGGGGCAGAGCUGACCUCUCCUUGGACCUGACCUCACCAGCAGCCCCUGCCUCCUCUGCCCCUCUGAGCCAUAGCCCGUCUUCUCCAGACUCCCAGGAGGCUCUCAGAGUAUCAUCAUCCUCCCCCGGAACAUCUCAGCAUCCCCAAGUGAGUGCCGGGGAUCCUGUUCCCGAACCGGAGGCAGAACCAGAACCAGAGGCAGAGGUGGGGCAGGUUGCUGAUGAGGCCAGCCAGGAAAUAGCCCCUGCCCACCUGGGGACAGAGAGCGGAGUGGAGCGGGCCCUGGAGCACGAGCCAGAAGAGCGAGCCUCCCUCAGUGAGAAAGAGAGACAGAACGAGGAGGUGAACGAGAGGGACAACUGCUCCGCCUCCAGCAUCUCAUCCUCCAGCAGCACGUUAGAGAGGGAGGACAAGGAGGACAAGCUCUCCAGGGACAGGGGAAAUGCUUUGUGGUCCACGGGUGUUCAGGAUGCCGGUGUAAAUGAGCAGUGUGGCGACAUCCUCACCAACAAACGGUUCAUGCUGGACAUGCUGUAUGCCCAUAACAGAAAGCCCACGGAGGAGGAAGAGGAGGAGGAAGAGGAGGCAAGCCCAGCCAGCAGGACUGAGCAGGGGGCGGAGGCAGUAGCUAGCCUGGCCAGCAGAAUAUCCACCCUGCAGGCCAACUCUCUGGCCCAGGAUGAGAGCAUCAGGAGGGUGGACGUUGACUGUCUGGACAAUCGGGGCAGCGUGAAAGCCUUUGCUGAAAAAUUCAACAGCGGGGAUGUUGGAAGAGGGUCUGUCUCCUCUGACACCGAGCCCAGUGAGAAGGUCUCUGAGAAAGCAUCCACACAGCAGAAGACUGAAUCGGAUUAUAUCUGGGACCAGCUCAUGGCCAACCCUAGGGAGCUCAGAAUCCAAGACAUGGAUUUCACUGACCUGGGGGAAGAGGAUGACAUUGAUGUCCUGGACGUGGACCCAGGUCACAGGGAGGCCUCCGGGCCCCCGCCGCCACCCCCACCCAUCUUUCUGGGCCUGCCACCCCCGCCCCCUCCACCCCUGUUGGACAGCGUGCCUCCCCCUCCUGUCCCUGGUAAUUUAUUGGCUCCUCCUCCGGUAUUCAAUGCUCCUCAGGGCUUAGGGUGGCCCCAGGUACCCAGGGGUCAGCCAGCAUUUACAAAGAAAAAGAAGACCAUCCGUCUGUUCUGGAAUGAAGUGCGGCCGUUCGAGUGGCCCUGUAAAAACAAUCGCCGCUGCAGAGAAUUCCUGUGGUCGAAACUGGAACCUAUCAAGGUGGACACAUCCAGGCUGGAGCAUCUGUUUGAGUCUAAGUCUAAGGAACUGUCCGUCUCAAAGAAAACUGCUGCAGAUGGAAAAAGACAGGAGAUCAUCGUCCUGGAUUCCAAGAGGAGCAAUGCUAUUAAUAUUGGCCUGACGGUACUCCCCCCUCCAAGAACCAUUAAGAUAGCCAUUUUGAAUUUUGAUGAAUAUGCCUUAAACAAAGAAGGAAUUGAGAAAAUUCUAACUAUGAUUCCCACUGAAGAAGAGAAGCAGAAAAUCCAGGAAGCUCAGCUGGCCAACCCUGACGUGCCCCUGGGCAGUGCCGAGCAGUUCCUCCUCACACUCUCCUCCAUCAGCGAGCUCUCAGCUCGACUCCACCUCUGGGCAUUCAAAAUGGAUUAUGAAACUACAGAAAAGGAAGUGGCAGAACCUCUUUUGGACCUGAAGGAAGGAAUAGACCAAUUGGAGAACAAUAAAACCUUGGGCUUCAUCCUGUCUACUCUCUUAGCCAUCGGGAACUUUCUAAAUGGAACUAAUGCCAAAGCAUUUGAAUUAAGCUACCUCGAGAAGGUUCCAGAAGUCAAAGACACCGUGCACAAGCAGUCACUUCUCCACCAUGUGUGCACCAUGGUGGUGGAAAACUUCCCAGACAGCUCUGAUCUGUACUCGGAGAUUGGGGCCGUCACCAGGUCAGCCAAGGUUGACUUUGAUCAACUUCAGGAUAAUUUAUGUCAGAUGGAGAGAAGAUGCAAGGCUUCAUGGGAUCACCUUAAGGCAAUUGCAAAACAUGAAAUGAAACCAGUUUUAAAACAACGAAUGUCCGAGUUCCUAAAAGACUGUGCAGAACGAAUUAUCAUCUUAAAGAUUGUCCAUAGAAGAAUAAUCAACAGGUUCCAUUCGUUUUUGCUCUUUAUGGGCCAUCCACCAUAUGCAAUUCGGGAAGUGAACAUAAACAAGUUCUGCAGGAUCAUUAGUGAGUUUGCACUGGAGUAUCGCACCACCAGGGAAAGGGUUUUGCAGCAGAAGCAGAAACGGGCCAACCACAGAGAGAGAAAUAAGACCAGAGGGAAGAUGAUCACCGAUUCCGGUAAGUUCUCUGGCAGUUCUCCAGCGCCCCCCAGCCAGCCGCAGGGCCUGAGCUAUGCUGAGGACGCCGCAGAGCAUGAGAACAUGAAGGCUGUGCUGAAAACCUCUUCCCCUGCCGUGGAGGACACCACCCCAGUGCUGGGUGUGCGCAUGCGCAGCCGAGCCAGCAGAGGAUCCUCUAGUUCAUGGACAAUGGGAACUGAUGACUCACCUAACAUCACAGAUGAUGCAGCUGAUGAGAUCAUGGACCGCAUCGUCAAAUCAGCCACCCAAGUGCCCAGCCAGCGAGUGGUGCCUCGGGAGAGGAAGCGCUCACGGGCCAACCGGAAAUCUUUGCGAAGGACCCUCAAGAGCGGCCUGACUCCAGAAGAAGCCAGAGCCCUGGGCCUGGUCGGCACCUCAGAGUUGCAGCUGUGACACCUGUGGGUGCCCUAAGAAGUGUGCCCAAGCAGAGUACAAGCUCCUGCAGGACAGAACCCCUCCAGUGGGAGGCAAGAGGGAUUCUCCAUGAGCAUCGCAACAUUCUGAAAGGGAGCACCCAUCUCUAGGUGUCCCCAUGCGCUGUGUCGCCCACUGUGCACUGACAUGGGCCCCCUCACACACUUUCUUCAUUGUGUCAGUUUUGCUUCUCGUUUCCUUCACACCCGGUUUAGGUGUUCCGAGGCGUAACACCUUUUCUGUGCGAGGAACAGUCCUUUGAAAGAACAAAUCACUUCUGUCAGUUCCUACAGUCAUGAGGCAAUUUGAUUAGAUUCACUGACAUCAAAGUGUUGAGGUGUAAACUCCAAAUUGUACACAAGCAAGCACAGGUUGUUUACCGGUUGUGGAUUUUAAAUGAACUAAAUGUUUAUACAAAUUCAUAAGUGUACACCAUGUUUCAAACACUAAAUAAAUAGAGUUUAAUGUUGUAACUGGAAAUGUUUAUUCUCCCGAGUGCAGGAGCUUAAACAGCUGCACGGCCUCACCUCCUCCCGAAUCAGCAAGUCUUCUCAGGUCCAGCAGAAGCUCCGAGGACUCAGGCCAUCUUCAGGCCCUUUGGGUUUUGUUGUUUGUGAAGAGAGUGAGUGACACUAAGAAUGUGCUUGUUUUAGCUCCUGAUUUGUGAGGCCUAAGUCCUUCUGCAGGAUGUCAGCAGUCACUUCUGCCACCUUACUGUGUGCUUUGCUUUGGCCAUGGUGAUGUGGACGCAGCAUCAGAGUAGCAUUUUAAAACUAUCCUGCAACUCACAUAUUUACCUCGUAUGUGAAAAUUCAUUUUUUCAAUGAAUUUACUGAGUCACCAUAUGGAAAUUUAUAGCUUUGUCUACAGAGAACCUCAGAAUGACAUACGUAGUGCUUGGCCAAGGGCAGGCCACCAGAAACGAGUGUCCAGAGCAGGCACUGAGGCUCUCUGGGCAACUGCAGAGCCUCUCUGAGGAGGUGGUGCCCGAGCUCUCCACAGACACCUCCUGGCCCCCAGCACCUCCCAUGGCUCCCACGAAGAUCCUCUGCCUCCGAAAGCAGGGAGAGGGGAACUACUGCAGCAGGUACUUUGCUUUUCAUGGGGAGGGGUUACUAUGUCCAUCUUUGCUUCACUUUCAAAACCUCUGUGACUCUGCAAUCCUAAAUCUGGGUGAGGCUGAUUUAUAGACUCUAUAAUCGUGCUGUCUGAAGAACCACAGGCCACACAUUUACCCCAUAAGCUUCUGUGGCUAAGUAUCCCCUCUUUUGUAUCCCCACUCACUGAGAGACCAGGAGCUCUUGCAAGCAGGCUUGUGUCAUAUAACACGGGAUGGAGGGCUUGGCACCUGGAAGGGUCAGGUUACUUUAUUGCAAAGGAUACAUAGGGUUUUAAUGUUCAUUUCCUUCUGGUUCUAAAUAACUGUAAUGUUCUGCAUGUGGUUUAGUGGUUUGGGAGAACAUUUGCCUGUUGCACUGGUGCUGAAUGCAGACAUGGAAUAUCUGUAUCACUUGGGAUUGUGAUGUGCAAACAAAAGCAAGAUGUAUUUUUGUUGCACUGUUUAGUGAACAAAUACUAUGAUGCCCUUUCAGAGGCCUUUGCUGUUCUGUUGACAGUUACUGCUUAAAAUAAAAGGUCACAUUUGGAAGGAAGUGACUAAAUGGAUCUAAUGUUAAUUUUGGGGGUUAAACUGCAAAGCAGCAAACAAGUAAAACUGAUUUUUUGGUUAUAGCUAGGUAAAGAGGACCUCCUUUUAUUGGGAAAUUGGGUUAACAGUUUUUUGUGAAAUUGAAGGAAUUUUUUUCUGUUCUUAUUUCCUCUCUGUUGCCACUCAUUCUGGCUGCCAUUAUUAGAGUUUUGAUUUAUGAGGUUAAAUUUUGCUAUAAGGCCUUUGGAAGCAUUAAUGGAAGCAUUAAGGAGAGUAUGAUCACUAAUAUUGCUGGCCAUCACCAUGGUUGUGCUUAUUUCUUAUUUUGGGUUCCAAUUACAAAAUUGAUGGUAAAGAAAAGCAAAUGCUUUACUAUCAAAGAUUGCUAGGUUUUGGUUUCUUAGGAGUCUGAAGGUUGCUUCUAUUGAAAAAAUAACUUUUUAAAAACAAAGUCGG